AGUCAGUUUGGAAGAGGAAGUUGUCGGGUGAUUUGUGAUUUCAUUGGGACAGUGAGGCUGAACUCGCCAUAUCUUCUGUUUUGAGCAGUGAUUAUAUAGUUAUUCUCGGAUCAGAAUGGAAGGGCGGGAGGACAGCUCACCCAUGCAGGCUUUCGACAAGGACGUGUUAGAUCUGACUGUUGAAGAUGUUUAUGACAUUUCAUACGUGAUCGGCAGAGAUUUAUUAAAAGUUAACACAGGUGGCCGGGAAUUCUCGGAUUUACAGUUCAAAAUCGUCCGUGUGCUGGAGAUGUUUGAGACCAUGGUGAACAAGUACAAUCUGUCGAUGGAGGAGCUGAGGAUGGAGCUGGACAAUAUGAAGAGAGAAAUGGACAGAGUAGCAGAAGGUUCAAGUGGUAAUACUGAUAAUCAAAGUAUUGGGCCAAACAAACUAGUUGUGGACUUAAAAGACCCAAACAGACCACGAUUCACCAUGCAGGAGUUAAAGGAGGUUCUGCAGGAGAGAAACAAACUCAAAGCCCAGCUUAUGGUGGCCCAAGAGGAGCUGCAGCUCUACAAGAGUGGGGUCCUCGGGUCAGCGCAGAAAAUGGUGGAAGUAAAGCUGGACACGCUUCCUCAGUCAGAGCCCGCACCCUCCAGCGUUAUAGAGGAGAACAAAGAGAAGAGCACUAUUCAGAAACUGUUCUCAUUUCGACAAAAAUAGUCAAUCUGCAAAACCUUACCAGGAUUAAUACAACAAACCAAACACAUGUGAAACAAGCUCAGCCCUUUCCAACAGAGCCAAGUGCCUUUUCUAACAGGACUGACCCAUUUCUGUCUGGAAGUCCUUUGCCUAACUCCCACUCCUUGUUUUUAAAUGAGUACGUUUUUAACUUGGUGUUUGUAAGUUCUCAAUUAGUUCAUCAUUGAGUGUGAAACAUGAAUGAGAUGAUGUCAGAAGCACAAAUGCAGCUAAUAUACACUUACAAUUUUACUACAUCUAUUUUAUCUUCCAUUAGCUCAGUAUUUUUAGUGUAAUACACUAUGACAUCACUAGAAUCAGUUUUAAUUUAGUCAUGUCAUAAAUAGCACAAAGACACAGUUUGGGACUGAUUUUGGUGACAAUACUAAAUACUAUACAUAUUAUCUCAAACGCAUUGAUUUGCUCUCUAAGACUUUGUUGAAGAUCGUACUGAAUUAGAAAACAUCUUCAGCAUCUGUUGACACGCUUUUGGACAGAAACUGUCCAUAUGACUUUGUAUAUCACUUUCUAGUCCUAAUUUUAAUAAACUAGGGAUGGUAGAGUUAAAAUUACUUGGUUUUUCAACUAAAAUACUUUUGAUUUGUUUUUUUGAAGGCAACUGUACCAGGUAACAAUAAUUAAUAAAUCUCUUUGAGGUAUAUGAAGUGGUAAAUUGUUGGCCAUAUGAAUGUAAAAAUGCGUUUUUAAUUGGCUUGCAGUAUGAACUUUGUUGACAAUUAUAGAUAUUAAGAAAUGCUGUUCUUAAUACCUGGACCUGUUGUUUUUACAUGGAUUACUGAGUUAUCAGGGGCCAGUUGUUCAAAAAGUUUAACCUGGAUCAGAAUGAUCUGGAUUUGGAAUGUUUUUUUUAUCCAGGAUCAGGUAAUCUUACUUUUGUGCUCGUUUUUCAAAGCAAAAUUGGAUUGGAUCAUGCUGAUCCAGAUACACACUUUUUCAGAUUACCAAAUCUGGAUUACUAGUGCUCUACGGAGCCCCUAAAGGGACACAGUGAUAGAAAAAUGAGAUGGGGUAAAAAAAAAAAUAUUUAAAUGCUUUUGCGUUCUCUCAGAAAAGUUACACAAAGAACUUUUGACUGGUUCAUCUCUUAUGAUUGUGCCAAUGUAGUUUACAAACAGUGAUUAAAACACUUCAAAUUAAAUAUAUUUUUGAUAUAUACAGCUGUUUGGGGAUUAUUUUAUGGCACCAAAAUCUCUUUUUUACUUUACAGUAGGUUACCGAAAGGCUAAAUAUGAAGCCUAAUGUCUACUUCUAAUUCAUUAUUUUAACAGUUAAACUAAUCAAGAGCAAAAUAAAAAAUUUGUGUAUGUAUAUUACAUGAUUAAAACUGGUCAAAAAAUACAAAAUUUUUAAGUUUUAUUACAUUUUUGUUCCUGACCUCCACCCCUUUUGGAUCAAAGGUAUCCUAAUAUUACUAAAAAGUUUUGAACAACAAACUGAUGAUUUGAUCCAGAUCAAAACCAAUUUUGUGAUCUAAUCUGGUUUCAGAAUUGUUUUUUUUCUCCAUUUUCAAGAUUUGAUCCAAUUCGACAGCUGAAAUCCGAUCAAUUACUUUUGAACAACUGGCCCCUGGAUUUAACAUAGCAACAUGCAUAAUAUUAAAUGAUUUAAAUUAUUAAAUGUAAACUAAAAAGAAGAGGUAUAUCUGGCUGUCUUACACAAGAAAUCAAAUAAUGACUCAUUAUUUUCCUUCUUUGAUCCAACAGUGAAAUAAACAUGUACAACCUGUUGAAAUACACGAGAAAAUCAAAUAUGAUGUGUCACUUAAUUAAAUACAUUUAUUAUCCAGCUUUUGUUUUUAUAAAGUCCAAAAAUUACUUCUUUUUUGGCACAUGAAGAAUUGCAUAUAUAAAGAUUUUUACAGUAUUUUUUAUUUAUUUUUUCAUAAAUCCGACUGGUGCGUCUGUUGCUUUCCUUUUCCCUAUUGGAUGUUUCUUAUAUCUGAAUUGUUUUUUAUGUUUGAAAUGCAAUAAAAAUCUUUGGUCACAGAAAAA